CACGUAGAAUUCCACUAUCGAUAAUUGUGCGAAGACGCUUUAGUUCCCUUGUUGGAGCUGUUUCCUUAUCGAAGAUAAAGGGGGUUUUGCUCCUGAUAGAGAGCACAGCAGAAAGGAUAAUCUCGAUGCGCCGCGAGUCAUUCCGUUUCAGUAUCGCGAUAGACGUAUUUCUGUCAACUUCGAUUCUCCCUAUCUCUGUGCGAACCUUUAAGACAGAAGAUACUCGUAACAAAUAGACAUUUCGACGAAAAUUCUCGACGUACAGUCGGUGUUUCGGUGUGUAAAAAGGUGAAUCGAUAAAACGAACCGAAGAAUGUAAACGAAGAGGAAGAGGGGGACAGAAGUGUGUUGAUUAAUCUCGAUCAAUUUAAAUAUGGAGAACGACAGAAUUGUGAAUUAUGAAACGACCCAAUGACCUGAUUCGUUUACGACUAAUUAUGGGUGAUUAUUGUUUAUCGAGUGCAACGUAAUAACGUUUGAACUAACGAUCGGGAAAUGAACGACAACAAGAGGCGAUCGACGCAGUUGACGAUUUAUAUCUGUCCGUCGACGUACGAGCCGAAUGCACACGCAGAGCAGCCUAGUUCGUGGUAUAGUUGGAUCUUCGAUGCACUGUGCGGAAGUGUAAGGAAAAAGUGGUACGCGAGCAGGAGCAACGUUCACGAGAACGGAGGAAUACCUUCGUCGCUUGUGGUCUCCGAACAGAAAGGACCAGAAAGUAUCGAAGCUCAUCCGUUAACCAACACUGUUCCUAGUCUCGUAAAAAUAUUACUGGUCUUCCCUAAAGAUGAUCAACAAAUGGACGUACUCGCGACAACCUCGAGGCGACUGGGUUGGAGCGUGUCGGUGGCGAAAGACGCGGAAAAAGCGGUCGAAUUCUUCCAGAGUCGGGGUCACGAGCUAGUGAUCAUCGAUCAUCGGGGGCAGCGCGCCGCUGAGGCCGAUAUGAUUUGUAGGGCGAUUAGGUCUAGUCCCGUUUACCACAAUUCCGUUAUUAUAGCUCUUGUAAAGAAAUCGUUCCUCAUGCACGGAGAAAAAGAUAAAAUCGUGGCACUGGAUUUACUGGAGACAGGAUUCACUAGAGCUCUGAUGGAGUGCUCCCACGAGAGGAUCUUAAUAAACGAACUAGUGGGAAUCUACACUAGCGCACUCCUACCAAGGACACAACUGGCGGCUGCUAACGCACUGUACUUGGCACUUGACAGAUGCCGCGACAUGGUACACGUGACGAACGAUAAACACAUUGUACAGUUUGUUAAUAAAAUUAGCGAGAAAUUACUAGGUUAUAAGACCAGCGAGAUCCUGGGGAAAAGCAUCGCGGAGAUAGUGUUCUACGAUAACUUUAUCCUUAUGGAGCAGCAUAUAAGUAAAGGAAGGGAGUUCGAGGGGAAUAUGAACUGCAAACGAAAGAACAAUCAGAUGAUCACCAUCAGCUGCAGGGUGAUACCUUUCUGUGUCAGCCUGAAAAAACCGACUCAUUAUAUUUAUAUAUACGAUACGACGUAUUUAUCGGAGAACAUUGGUUCGUUAAGUCCAGCUCCAACUCAGCCCCCUUUUAUCAGGGCAAAUGCUGUUGUUUCUCAAAGGAGGACAUCUGAUAUUAAAUCGACCAGCGAAAGUAAUGGCCGAAGGCGGUCCAGUUUACACAAGCUGCACAGUUUACAAUUGGAAGCGCCGAUCACGAAAGUGAUCUCACUCCUAUCGAAUUCGAUCACGGAAUCUACGACGCCCGAUACAGCGGCGCAAAUUGAAAAAGCAAUUGAAAUUCUCAAAACGACUGAAUUGUACGUGCCAUCGUUGAGAGAGGAUACAGAUCCCGUAGCGACUGAUCUAGUCGGAGCCUUACUUUCUUCACCAAGGAAAGCAUGGGAAUCGAGGAGAUCAUCGGUGGAAUCUGGGCCGCGAUAUUCCGCAGUAAAGGCUAUCGCCAGCAAUAUCGCUGCCUCGCGUAUGCAAAUCAAAGGCUUCAGGGGUCCUCAGGAGAUCGCGGAAAUUUUGGACAGGUGUUUAGAAUGGAAUUUCGACAUAUUCAAACUGGAAAUUCUGACAGAAAAAAGACCAUUACUCUUCCUUGGUAUGACAGUCAUGAACCAGUUCCGCGCUCCAGCCAGGUUGGGUUGCGAAGAAAAAAUCGUGCAGAACUGGUUGACCAUGAUCGAGAUGAAUUAUCAGGCUCAGAAUGUUUAUCACAAUUCAACUCAUGCUGCGGACGUGUUACAAGCCACAGCUAGAUUCAUGCAAUCCGAGAGACUGAAGCAAAUUCUAGAACCUUUGGAUGAAGUAGCCACUCUAAUCGCGGCUGCUGCUCAUGACGUCGACCAUCCAGGUAGAUCCAGCCAAUUUCUUUGCAACGCUGACGACAAACUAGCGAUCCUCUACAACGAUCUAUCUGUACUCGAAUCACACCAUGCAGCGUUAACGUUCAAAUUAUCCUUAUCGAACGACAAUGUGAAUAUAUUCAAAAAUUUGGAAAGGGACACUUAUAAACAGCUUCGUCAAACAGUGAUAGACAUGAUCUUGGCCACAGAGAUGACAAAACACUUCGAGCAUCUAGCGAGGUUCAUGAACAUUUGCAGUUCAAGAAUUGCGGACUAUCAACAAGUAGGAGCAUACUCGGAUACCGUGGAUAUGUCGGUUGUGUUACAGCCAGACAAUGUGGUCUUGGUGAAAAGAAUGAUGAUCAAGUGUGCGGACGUGUCGAAUCCGACUCGACCGCUCAAGUGCUGCAUCGAAUGGGCCAGACGAAUCACGGAAGAGUAUUUCAGCCAGACCGACGAAGAGAAGAAGUUAAAACUGCCGGUACAAAUGGCGAUGUUCGACAGAUUAACAUGCUCGAUACCGAAAGCACAAAUAGGUUUCGUCGAUUUCAUCAUCAACGACAUGGUCGAAGCGUGGGAUGCAUUUAUCGACAUGCCGGAGAUGGUGGGGCAUAUGAGGCAGAAUUACGAGAAAUGGAAAGAAUACAACGAACGAGGCGUAUCAACUCUGCAGGACCUCGAAAAGUUACAAAAGUUACCAGAACUUCAGAUAUACCAAUCACAGCCACCCUCGUGACCCAUGGAAAAGAAGCGACAUCCUCCCACACUCUUCUCGUCCGUCCCAAAAACGCAAAGCUCCGCGCAAGCAAGCGAUUUGUAAAAUAUAUUCGUAAUAUUUAAGAUAUAGAGGUAAAAUACGACACGUCGUACAGUUGUAAAAGCUUUUUUUAGAAAAUACACGUAAUUCUGAACCCUCUCUCUCUCUCUCUUUCUCCCCGUCUCGUCAUACUUCAUUAAUCUCUUCUUCACUUUUCACCUACCCCACUACUCUACUUUUCACGAAAGCCAGGCUUAUUUUAAACCAAUGAAUACACGAGAAAUGGCUUGUUCUAUGAAUAACCCUAUGCGUUAUUCUUUACUCGAUUCUUUUCCUGAAAAUGCCAAAAUAAAACCAUCGUGCAAUUUUUCCGUUAACAGUCAUCGAAGCUAAUUUUGGCUCAACUAUUUGUCGCGCUCGAAAUACGCGUGUUACACAAUUUGAUCUUUUUUUAACCGCGGAAUCAACUUCCGACAAUUAAGGAAAACUCGCAGAAUUCGUAGAAUCGUAAUUUCAAUGAAAAAUAAAUUUAACGCGGAUUUUUCAAUUUGGUAUUUUUUGCAUCGGUAGAGUUAAUAUUUUUCAAAUGAAAAAUAAAACCUAAUCAUCCAUUUCGCAGUGUAAAUUUCACAUCGGUAGAUUUAAUUUUUUUUUUAAUGAAA